CGGCUCAAAGUCCUACCUGAAGCGGUGUCAAUAUCCGAAUUUUGUUAUGGAUGGCCACAACACAUGGACCCUGAUCAUCAUCUUCGCAAGUCCAGACUUGCAGUUCCUGCGCCAAGAGCCAUAUCCACAACCGUCCCAUGGUCUCAACUACAAUCGCUACCACGAAACCACCUGCACUCUGAUUUCUCUUCAUAUAAAAGCCUCUGUACACCGCACACUCGCUACGCCCCACCUUCACCCACCACAAUGCCUGAUAAACGAAGACCAACCUCUGACGAAACCAAACCGACGCUUCCAGCCCAGCUGCGACAAUGGAGCACUUACUUCCCAGCUGCUGCUACACCCUAGGCUCCCUCACGGACUCCCAGAAGGCAGAAAUCAAAGCGGAAGCUAUCGGAGUGUGCUUGAAAAGCAUGAAACCGGCAGGUGCGAAGCCAGAGCCAAAGGAAAGUAUCAGGUCGACUAGGACGCUGGAGGAGAUACGGGAGAUGAGAAAAGAGAUGGCGAAGAAAGAAAGCCUUGACAGGAAGCGCGCUGGGCAACUGUCCGCGAGAGAAAAACUCGAGAACGAGCUGGCUGAGGUGGAACAAGCCGAGCGUGAAAUGGCUGAGAAGAAAUUCGACAAGCAUUUCCAAAAGGAGAUCCUCGAAGAGGAGUUGACUAAGAUAGAGCGAGCUGAGAAAGAAUUAGCUAAGAAAAAGUGGCCAGAGUGCAAUGAAGAGGACAAGAUCGAGUCUGUGCUGCGUAUGCUCAAGGAGGAGUUGGCUAAGAUAGAGCGAGCUGAGAAAGAAUUAGCGAAGAAAAAGUGGUCAAAGUGCAAUAAAAAAGGACAAGAUCGAGUUUGUUGCGCUGUCGUGUCUAUAAGAAAGACAGAGAAGAAGCGUAUCGACAAGGAAGAUGGUGAGAUGAAGAUGCUAGGGAUGGUGCUCUAUGGCAAGGAAAUGGUUGAGGAGCAACUGGCUGAGCUGAAAGAAGAGAAGUGGAUCGACAGGGAAAUUGCCGAGAUGGAGAUGUUGAAAUAA